GCCAGUUGCACGGCCGCCAUGCUGCCACAAAGAAAGCUUGUGGCCAGCGUCACGAUUUCCAAGUCCAUGUCGGUUCAGUCACUGCUUUCUGAGCUCUAAUGUUGUUUAAAGCGCAAGUCUGAAGGCUGAAGGCUGAGCUGAGAUGCCCAAUUGUAGCUGGUUGCGUUGGAGCAAACCUGCCUUGAGAAAUCCAAGCCCCAGCCUAAUAGUUAGAACCAGCGUGUGUACAUCUUUCGAUGUGGCAAGUUCAGGCACGUGACGAGGCUUUACUCAAACCGAGAGGGCAUUGGAAUUACUGACGGUUAUGUGUGGAGCAGUAAUCUACGGAACAUGCCCCAAGGAUCACAUGAGCCUGGUGAGGGAAUCAUGCAGCAACCGCACCAUGUUUUCGGUCUGUGCUCAGGUGCAGAGAGAUUUAUUAAGCUUCAACGAACACCAGCGCAUCUUUAUUUGUUUAGUUUUAGAGACGAGGUACAAUUUAUGCUUCAUCAGAAGGCGUACGUUUGUUUGCUCAUCUCUGGAUGGAUGCCAACGUCCUUGCAAAGUGCCGAGGACCGAUCUGGCUGGUUCUAUCUGUAACAAGUCUGAGCAAUCUUUCAAAGAUGGGAAUCCGAGUCGCUAUAUGAACCGAUAAAUCAUCCAUCACUGCUUACUGCCCCUCAGACUCAGUCUGUACAUAAAACCGGAAGCUAGCUCGGUUGGAGCAAGUUUACAACUAGUACAUACACCACUUCAGUAUCAAGAUCAAACGAAAACAGGCUCAUCAGCUAGAAUCGGGUGAAAUUCAUUCAAAUCUACAGCCUAGGCCCUGGCAUUUUCGUGUUUUUAACCUCUCCUAGUACAACAGCAGGUUUCAGGUUCAGAGCUUACAGGUGAACAUCGGAGCUUCCGACAUUUGUAUGCGUUUGGGGUGUUUACAUCGUGAUCAGGAGACAUUCAUGCAGUCCGGCGUCUUUUCCUACAGGACCUAUACAAUGUCAAUCCAAAGUGCGGUUCACGUGGAGAUGAAUGAGAGCCAAGCGAUAGCUAUCUCAUGCUUUCAUGAAAAGAAGUUGCAGAUCCACGCUGUUCUCGAUUAGUACUUUGGAUAUUUUGAAAUAAAACGCUUCUCUUGUGAUGAUCGAUUAUGCAUCUAAAUUUUAG